CGGAGAUCGGAUUUCUGCUAGAGCCAGCAGCAGAGACCUCGCUCGGAGCCCCCGACCUUUGGGAAUUGCACGGCAAAUAACCCCCUGCUCUGACCCUUACGCGCCUGGUAGCUGUUUUAAGCACCUUCUUAGUCAAGCAGCGAGCUCCAGCCGGACCGCAAGCUCUGAGUGUGCGAAACGGGGACGGGACGGGACAGAACAAAACGGGACAUCACCCUGCCGGGCGGCAAGGGAAGGUAUCCUGCUGGCAGGAGGUCCGCUUCCUGCUCCUCCUCUUUCGGCUGUCGUUUUAGCCGGCUGCCUCUCUGGGCGAAGCAGAAGCUCAGCGCGCAAAUAACUGAUGAGGGUAAAAGAUCCAUCAAAGGUUACCCAUGAUAAAAAUAAGAGACAAAAAAAGGCAAAUCAGCAUCAGGAUGAAGAUUCCUCAGAUGAUAUUACAGGAUUAACAUGCCAACAUGUGGGCCAGGCAGUUGAUGUCCAUCAUGUGAAGCGAGCAGUGGCUCAAAAUGUUUGGUCGAUAUGCUCAGAGUGCUUAAAGGAAAGGAGAAUAUAUAAUGGUGAACCAGUAAUGCCUUCUGAUAUAUGGCUCUGUCUCCGAUGUGGCAUUCAGGGCUGUGGUCAAAAUUCAGAAGGCCAGCAUUCUCUAAAGCAUUUCCAGACUGCACGGGCGGAUUCUCAUUGUAUUGUAAUCAAUCUUAGCACAUGGAUCAUAUGGUGUUAUGAAUGUAAUGAGGAACUCUCAACACAUUGUAACAAAAAGGCUUUGACACAGAUCGUUGACUUCCUCCAAAGGCAUGUUACUAGAAAUGAAUCAAGUUCAUCGUCAAAAAUUAUUUGGUUACAUGAAGAAAACAAUGAAGCAAAUGACAUAUUAAGAGGAAGAGGCCUCAGUUCCAGCUGGGCAUCUGUUCCUGUUAAAGGCAUUAAUAACUUAGGGAACACAUGUUUCUUUAAUGCUGUUAUGCAGAACUUGGCACAGACACACAUGUUAAGCGAGCUAAUGUGCGAAAUGAAAGAAAAGGGGACAAAGCUAAAAAUAGCUCAAAGCCCAACAUCUCAACUGGAUCCAUUGGUGGUGAAUCUUUCAAAUCCUGGAUCUCUGACUUCAGCCAUGCUUCUGUUUCUUCAUAGCAUGAAAGAUGCUGGGAAAGGUCCUCUUUCUCCUAAAAUUUUGUUCAACCAGCUCUGCCAGAAGGCCCCUCGGUUUAAAGGAUUUCAACAACAGGACAGCCAGGAGGUACUCCAUUACUUGUUGGAUGCAAUGAGAAUAGAAGAAACAAAGCGCAUACAAGCUGCAAUCUUAACAGCAUUUAAUAAUCCAACAAGUAAAACGGCAGAUGAAGAAACCAAAAGAAAAGUCAAAGCAUAUGGAAGAGAGGGUGUGAAGAUGAAUUUCAUAGACAGGAUUUUUGUGGGUGAAUUGACCAGCACUAUCAUGUGUGAGGAAUGUGAAAAUAUUUCCACAGUAAAAGAACCCUUCAUUGAUCUUUCACUUCCUAUAAUAGAAGAAAGGACCUCAAAACCUGUUUGUUUUGGAAGGACAAGCAAAGGUAAACAAAUACAAGAAGCAGAUACUGAUCGAUUCAGCUGUUCUUCCAUAUCUGCUCUGACUAAUCAGCAAUCAAAAUUAUCUAGAAAGUGUUCAUUAACAAAGGAUAAGAACCAGGUAAACCAUGAAAGACGACUUGCCAACAAAUCUGGUGAAGAAGAAACAAGCCCUUUUAUUCUGCCCGGAAAAAUCAGAAACUCUAAAAUAGAAGACAGAGCCAAUACUUCAUGCGCAAGAGACAGCGGUGCCGUUUUGGACUCUCCAGGAAAUGGAAGUCAGACUGAAGGCAGUGAGAAAGAAGUCAGCCGUUCUGAAAGUAGCAUUGAUGCUGAUAGCGAGGCUUCUGAAAGUGAAAGCGCGUCUAAGCAAAUGACAGCCAGUAAAACUUGUCCCUCACCUGAUUUAUGCACUGAUGGACACAGACACUUACCUCCAAAUACUAAAAUGCAAUAUAGCAAAUCCAGCAAUAGCAGUACGGAGGCACUUACUAGUGCCUUGUCAAAAUUUCACUUUGGAAGCACAGCCAUUGAGAGCGAAGGGCCUCUCAACACUCUUUCGAGCCUGUCGAAGAACACUGCCUUUUCAACAGAGGUGCAAAACCCUCAAAAUGCUUUCCAGACUCUUUCUCAGAGCUACGUAACAAGUUCUAAGGAAUGUUCGGUUCAAUCCUGCCUCUAUCAGUUUACCUCCGUGGAGCUGCUAAUGGGCAACAAUAAGCUGCUUUGUGAAAACUGUACAGAUCAGAAGCACAAACACCAGAAAAAAGCAAAUUCCACAGACAAGAAGACAGAAAGCGUCUAUACAAAUGCUAGGAAGCAGCUGCUGAUUUCUUUGGUGCCUGCUGUUCUGAUCCUCCAUCUGAAAAGGUUUCAUCAGGCUGGCAUGAGCCUACGAAAAGUAAAUCGACAUGUAGAUUUCCCACUUGUUUUGGAUUUGGCUCCAUUUUGUUCUGCCUUUUGCAAGAAUGUGACUGAUGGUGGGAAGGUCCUCUAUGCGCUUUAUGGAAUAGUAGAGCAUAAUGGCUCCAUGCGGGGAGGUCAUUAUGCAGCUUAUGUAAAAAUCCGAUCAUCGUCCAAAAAACAUUUGGAGCACAACUCUAGCAAUAAAAACGUUCAAGGUUUAAAAGAAACUCCAGGAUCAGCUGUAGGACAGUGGGUUUAUGUCAGUGACACCUAUGUACAAGCAGUCCCAGAAUCAAGAGUAUUAAAUUCACAAGCCUAUUUGCUUUUCUAUGAAAGAAUUCUGUAGCCAUGUUCAGUAUGGAAAAUGGAAGCAAUUAGUGUUCUUUAACUUGCUUAAGUGCACAGAAAAUUACAGUAUAUGUAAAUAUUGUGCCUUUAUCUGUUCUUCUUCAAUAGAGAAUAUACCCUGGUUUCAGACUCUGUAAAUCAUGGCUUGGAUACAGAACAGCCUAAUGCAUGCAUUGUCCCCUCCUCCCUCUUUUUUUUCAUGCAUACAAAAAUACAGUAGAGUUGCUAAUGUUUUUGUUCAGUUGCUGUUUUUAAGGAACCCAUAGCUUCAUAUGCUUUUAUGAAGAGUUGAGGGCACAGACUGCAUCGAAAUGGAAAUUAAUAAAAAAAAUCAUAUGUGAUUGCAAGGAGGUCGGUAUAUCUGUGCGUUUCUGAAUCCAAGCAGACAUUGAUUUUGAACUCCUAAGCUGUAAUGUGAAAUAAUACAUUCUGAAAAGGAAAUAGUAAUGUUUGAAAAUGGGCUAGUUAAAAUCAUGUGCUUUUUCAAAAGUGAAUUGCAGGAACAAUCUUGAUAGGACUGGCAACCUGAUUUUUCCUCAGUGAAGAAAAAGCUGUUUAUGGACACCAAAGCAUGUUUUUGUAAAAUAUUUGGCACUCAAUUAUUCUUGAAAGGAAUAAAUUUAGAUAAAUUUAACAUGUUCCACAAAUGGAAACAAAAUGGUUCAUUCUACAAAACUAGGAUACUAUAUUGUGUGUUCUAAGGGAAUGUGGGAGUGCAAGCCUGAUUUUACUCCGGGAUGCUUUUCUUUAUUUGAAUAUGCCUUGAAAUCUGAUGAUAUUACAGGUGAAAACUCUAUCAGAAAGCAAGCUAAACAGACAUUUUCCUUUGAGGUGCUGGCUUUCAAAUUUAGUGAACCCCAAACCACCUCUGAAUCCACCUUACUUGCACUGUGAAGCUGGAGCAAGCCAUACCUUUUCAGAACAAUUGGAUAUUCUCCAUAGAAAUUUAUUGACAAAUAAAUGCAUGUGUUUGAGAGAACAUAUUACUUUCUCUGAACAUUGAAAAAACAAUGUCAUGCAGCACAAAUCUCAGAAGCACAAGUUUGUGUACUGUACAUAGGUUUUUACUAUUUAAUGCAUGCUGUUGUGGCCCUGUUUUUAUAAUAAUGUUAAAUAGGAAAUUAAACUAGGAACUCCAACAAGGAAAAGUUAAUUUAACUUUACCUAAUCACAUUGUGGAAAUGUAUAAAGACAGGUAGUUGACUUAUCUACUUAAUACUUGAGAAGAAAAAGACCAAAAGAAAAAGUAAAUAAAAAAAGCAACCUUCUCAAUGACAGAAGUAAUUUUUAAGGCUCAAGCACACAUAAUGUAUGUACCAAACACUGUUUAGCUACACCGUUCAAGCCAGCCUGUUCCCUGGGGAAGAGGCUAAUGAUAUAAUGAUAUUUGGUUAAAACUCCUGAUGUAAUAUAUAUUUCCUGGAGAAAAUGUAUGGGACACUGUAUGCUAUAAAUGGUUAUUUAUGACCUGGUUAGGGUAACAGUAACAGAGUUGGAAGGGACCUUGGAGGUCAACUAGUCCAACCCCCUGCUCACGCAGGAGAUCUGUACUAGGGGUUUGAUUCGCCAAAUUGCUGACCUUUCUGAUCAACAAGCUCAGUGUUUUAGCCACUGAGCCACCUAGUCAGGCUAAUUGUGUGUUGCCAGAAAAAAGUCAAAAAUUGUGUGUUGCCAGAAAAAAGUCAGGAUGAUUGUGUGUUGCCAGAAACUAUCAUUUGACUGGGUUACAGAAUGACUGGGUAAAAGUAGGUAGAAACAGGACUCCUGAAUUAAAUACUACAUAUCUUUAAAGAAAACUACAUUUUCCUAAAAUAUUUUAUAUUUUGUGUUUUUCCUUAUGUACAUUAAUAAUAUUUGAGUGGUUUUUCUAUUAAAAAUAGAUAUUAGGAUGUCCAAAUGUAUGUGAUUUAAGGUGACUUAAAUAGAAUUAGCUCUCAGGUCUUUGUUGUCAAUAUCAAUACAUUGUUUUAUUUUUAUAUAUUAAAUAACUGUACAAUUAGCUUCCCAUUAAGUGUGGCUUUUAAUGUGUAAAAUAUGCCUGUAUGGUGUAGAAUUUGGUUAUUUAUAAGUUUUGUAACUAUGCCAGUUGAUACAGACAUAAGAUUUGAAUCCAUAUUGAAGAGGAUUGAUAACAGUCACCUGAGUCGUGGUGGCACAGUGGUUAGAAUGCAGUACUGCAGGCUAACUCACUGCUCACUGCCAGGAGUUUGAUCCUGACCGGCUCAAGAUCAACUCAGCCUUCCAUCCGUCCAAGGUCGGCAAAAUGAGGACCCAGAUUGUUGGGGGCAAUAUGCUUAGAGAGGGCUGUAAAGCAGUGUGAAGCGGUAUAUAAGUCUAAAUGCUAUGAAUCAUCCGCCAAAACCUACUUUGAGAGUAGAGGACUCUGUUGAACAGGAAGUAUUAUUUUACAAAGCGAUGAAAAAAGUAAAAAUUUAAUAGCGGUAACUUCUGCUAGUGGGAGUAUGGAAUAUGUCUCUACUUAGUUUGGGAAAGGAAGUGCUUUCAAAUUCCUGUAUAUUUAAUGCAAUAGGCUUGUUGAAUUUAUGGCUGCUAAAAUAGAAAAAUCUGCAUUUAUCAGCUCUAGAUCCAAUGUUAUGAAUCAGAGAUAAAUAUUAUAGAAUACUGUUUUAUUUUGUGUUUGUUUUUAAGCAGUAUGAGGGGGAGAAAUGUUAUGUGUUUCCCUGUUGAAUUUCUCAAUGUUCUUCAGUACCAUUGACCAUGUUCAGUGGUGGGAUUCAGCCAUUUCGGGCUGGUUCGGGCAAACCAGUAGUUAAAUUGCUGGCUGGAUCCGCCCUGCCCCUUCCAGGAGUCCUCAUGCGUCCCAUUUUGCCUCCCAGGUAAGUGCGGGGAGGCCUCCUAGGCCCAAAAGUGGCACGCCGGGUGGGGGGGGGGCGCUGCCCGUUUUUGUUCCAAAGAGGGUGCAGGAGACCGAGUGCUGCCUGUCACAUCCCCUGGUCAUGCCCACCAUGGCCACACCCACCCAGCCAGUCAUUAGGACAGAGAACCAGUUGUUAAAUUAUUUGGAUCCCACCACUGACCGUGUUAUACUAAACCUGCUGUAAGGAUUGGGAAUAGAGGGCAUUGUUCCUCAGAGAAUCUCCUUCCAGUCAGCGGUGGUUGGGGAAGAGAUGGAGCCCUUGCCCAUUUCAUUAUAGAAUCUUCCAGAGCUUGUUCCCCUCCCCAUUACUAUUUAACAGCCAUAUGAAGUCAUUGGGAGAGAUCAUCGUCAACAUGGGAUGAAAUAUCACCAAUUUGCUGUAUAUUAGAUACAUGCCCCCCUUAGCUGGUUAGGCCGGGGCUUCCGGUAGGUAAUAUGUAGCUGGAUUCAAGUAGAGGUAAAUGUUUCCCUGUAGGUGGUGAUUCUAUUUGCCUUGAAAACGUCAUUGCUGGAUCCAGCUGUAUGGACAAUUUUAAUCCAGUAUCCAAACUUCUAUUUUUAGAAAGGUUAUUGAAAAAAAACAUGGUAGACCUGCAGUUUCAAAAAAUUCUGGAGAUGCAGAUUAUCUGGACCUGUUGCAGUUAAGAGUUGUAUUCAUUAAUUCUUUGUCAUCUUGAAGCUAGAGCACUACAGUGCACUUCACAAUGGAACUAUCCUUAAAGUCCCUGUCGAAAUUUCAGCUGGUGCAGAAUGCAGCAACCCACAUUGACACACAUAGGUUUAUUCACGUAACACAACUACCAUCCAAUAAUAUCUGGGAAAGGCUUACCAAGGGAUCUGUCAGUGAAGGAAACCCUUCUAAUGUAAACCUGUUUCGGGGCACAGUGCUACGAACUGGAAUUGGGAAAUUACAUUUAUCAAUUCAUUGUGGUGGUCAGAUCAUUUAGCUUAGGGUUCCGUUCAAGCACUCCUUGAGGAAGGUCCAUUAGAUUUGUCUGUCUCAGGCACCUGAUAAUCUCUACAGAUUUAAAAGAAGCUUGGAUUGGGUUCAUCUGAAGCCUUUGUUGCUAUCUGGAAUGAAAGGGCAGCCAAGGACGUGAAUAAAAUUGUGCUUGUGUGACCUCUGUAGAUCCCACAGAGUCACUGACAGAAAACAAGUGAAUCAGAUUUAACACAGGUAAGACUACCUCAUGGUUAUAGAACAAAAUGUAAUUUUUCUAUUCUUAUCGCAUCUAGAGAUAGACAUCAGGGUAACCCAAUCCCUCUUGAAGAGAAUGGAGGAAGAUCUACAGGGCUGCCAUAAAAACUAAUCUAGGUGUUUGUUGGAUAAAACAACUCAGAUUCAUUCUGUACCAGCUGUGGAAAUCUCUUGGGAGGUGACUGGCAUAGCUAUCUGGGAUGAGUUUAAAACUGUUAGUCCCAAGAAAAUGGAAGUUUGGGGGAAAGCAAUUGGCUUGUAGUUACAGAGGGCUAUGGAUGAAGUGGAUUAUCUGAAUAGCAUUGAUUGUACUUAUAGAAGGCCUGUGGUAGGAUUGGAAUGAGGAGGUACAAUCCAUCCUGGCCUUCCUUGAUUUCUUAUCCGUCUUUGAUACAAUCAGUCACUAUAUACUUCUGGACUACUUCUCCUAGAUUAGGAAUGGGAGGCAUUUCAUUCUUUUGGGGCAUUUCCAAUUAGUGCUGGUAGAUAAAGGAGAAAUUGUGUCCCAAGUAUCCAUUCUGUGGGGUUUUUUCAGGCCUCUAUACUUUCCAAGGCCUCUACAUGUUCUCAACUACUAUUGAAUAUCUACAUGAAAUCUCCAGGUGAAGUCAUCCAUCUUCAUUGCCUAGUCAACCCCUGGCAGGAUACCAAAGUACCAUAUAUUAGAUUAACCUUGAAAAACCAUGCAGAAGCUGCAAUUGAUCUGAAAUACACUAGUGAGUAGUUAUGGAAGCACUUUGGUGCAUCCCUGGAGCAGCACUUUACUAGUACCUUAUAAGCUUCCUUUGAAUGUAAUUCAAAGUGCUGGUUACUGCUUAAAAAGCCUCUUGUAGUACAAUGCCAAAUUAUUGCUGGACAACUCCUCUCCCAAUUAUUUCUGUUCGUCCUGGCAGAAGGGGCAUGCUGUGGGUCCAUUCCAUGAAACAGUGUCACCCAGUGGCAUCCAGGGGAUGUGUAUAGUCUAGUGAAUCCAUGGGCAUCUAAUACUUUAUAUCUCAAACAAUUGGGGGGGGGGGCUACAUUUAUUGUUUCAGGAGUUCUGAUAUAUGCAGGUACCUUUGUAUGCAUGACAAUAAGAUAGAUGAAUAGAUUGAUUUGUACCAGAGGUUAUCAUGUACACAUAAUUACAUUAACCUCUGCCAUUUCUAGCCUGCAUACCCAUUGGUGAUUCUGUCUUUGUGUCUGUAAAACAUCUCAAAAAUUGAUAAAAUGAUUGCCAGCUGAGGUAGCACCAUCUUCUGGUUUGAUCUUGGAAAUAUACAUCAUAUUUUACUGAAAACAUAUUCUAUGUCUUAAUUGGGCUUUCAAAACAAUAAUAUUGACAACUAUGACUCAGUUUCUAAAACAGUAACAUAGGAACACAUUCAUACUGAAAUGUUUUGGUGCUCUUAGGUUCAAAAACACAAGCAGUUUAUUAGAUAUCUGUAUGUUGACAGGUAAAAUCCCAUAGAUAAAUGGGUUAGGUGAAGCAGGAUGCUAAAAGGCUUUUAAAUACGUUAACAAAAAUGAUGGCAUUUCAACAGUAGUAUUCUUGGAUUAUAUUUGAAAUAAUGGUAUAUAGGCAGACAAUAAAUGUUACGUAAUAGCAAAGACAAAUGCAAGCUGAAUUUACUUUGUAUAUGCAUUAAAAACUAUCACUAUUUUUACACGUAAUGUAUAGAAAGUUUUAAUAAACUGAGGCAAAAUAAGAAAAUGACUUUUAAAUAUAUUCCAUUUUGGAUGCAAAUAGAAAAUAAACUUUAUUUUUCAAGCUCAAAUAUCAGGUGUUUAGGAAAGUAUGUUUACAUUUAUGUGAUUGGGUAAAAUAAAAUACAUACUUUGUGGAAA